CCCCAUCGGAGAACGACCAGCACCAUCCCCUUCCCUGCCCGCCAUCCUCCACCGCGGCCGCCGAGGCGCCAACGCAGCAGCCGUGGCCGCGACGGUCCGCUUCCACUCCAAACCCACCCACCCACCCGCCCACCCGGCCGCCGAACCCCACCACCCGCCACUGCCGCCUUCUUCUUUCACUCCUCCGGUUGGUUCCACUCCCCAAGGCCUGCAGAUCACAAUUCACGGCGCACCAGUGACGCCCGCCGCGGAGGGGCGAUGGCCGUCCCUUCCUCCGACCGCGCGAGGCGGCCAUUCCUCCUCUCGCUCUCGCUCUUCCUCCUCGUCUCCGCCAUCCUCGUCCUUGCCUUCCUCUUCCUCGACCCCUCACCUGGAUCGCUCGCCUUCCUCCCCUCCCGUCUCUCCGCCUCAGCCCCUUCCCUCGCACCUCCUCCUCCUCCUCUUCCCCAACAGCAAAGCCCACCUCACUCGGAACCAGAUGGCUCGAGCGCCACCGGCAAAGCGGAGAAGGACACUAGUGCAUCACAACCAGCCGUCACAAAAGCCGAUGUCAACAGUAGCGCAUCUGAACCAUCCGCCGAGGAAGCCAGCGGCUCGCCGGGAGCAGGCGACAACAGCGACGCCGCCGGGGGAGGCGGGGCGGACGGGAAGACGGAUACAAGCGUCGCCCCGGUGGAGAAGGGUGGGGACGAGGAGGAGGUGCCGCCGGUGAGCGUGAGGUGGCAGACGUGCAGCAGGCUCGGGAGGGGCGUGUCGUCGACGGACUACAUCCCGUGCCUCGACAACGUGCGGGCGAUCAAGGCGCUGCGGUCGAGGCGGCACAUGGAGCACCGGGAGCGGCACUGCCCCCUGGCGCCCCGGCCCAGAUGCCUGGUGCCUCUGCCCGCAGGGUACCGGACGCCUGUGCCGUGGCCGGGCAGCCGUGACAUGAUUUGGUACAACAACGUCCCUCACCCAAAGCUGGUGGAGUAUAAGAAAGAUCAGAACUGGGUUACAAGGUCUGGCGAUUAUCUAGUUUUUCCUGGAGGUGGAACUCAAUUCAAAGAUGGUGUGGGAAGAUACAUUCAGUUCGUUGAACAGAUUAUGCCAGACAUUCAAUGGGGAAGGCGCACAAGAACUGUCUUGGAUGUUGGAUGUGGAGUUGCCAGCUUUGGUGGAUACCUGCUUGACAGGAAUGUCAUUACUAUGUCAUUUGCCCCAAAAGAUGAGCAUGAGGCUCAGAUACAGUUUGCACUGGAGCGUGGAAUUCCAGCAUUUCUAGCUGUAAUUGGAACACAAAAGCUUCCAUUUCCUGAUAAUACGUUCGAUGUUGUACACUGUGCAAGGUGCAGGGUCCAUUGGUAUGCAAAUGGUGGAAAACCACUGUUGGAGCUUAAUAGAGUACUAAGGCCUGGAGGAUAUUUCAUUUGGUCUGCAACCCCUGUCUACCGUCAAGAGAAAAGAGACCAAGAUGACUGGAAUGCAAUGGUUACUCUGACUAAAUCAAUCUGCUGGAGAACAGUGGUAAAAUCUCAAGUUGUCAAUGGAAUUGGAGUUGUUAUAUAUCAAAAGCCGGCAUCGAAUUCUUGCUAUGCUGAAAGGAAGACCAAUGAACCCCCUCUGUGCUCCGAGAGAGAUGGAUCACGUUUUCCUUGGUAUGCUCCUCUUGAUAGUUGCCUUUUCACAACUACCAUUACCAGUACAGAUGAAAGAUACAGCUGGCCUGUUCCAUGGCCCGAAAGACUUGAUGUUAGAUAUGCAAGUGUACCUGAUGAUUCUGCUUCUAACAAAGAGAAGUUUGAAGCUGAUACAAAGUAUUGGAAACAGCUCGUUUCAGAAGUAUAUUUCAGUGACUUCCCACUUAAUUGGUCAAGCAUUCGUAAUGUAAUGGACAUGAAUGCUGGUUUUGGAGGGUUUGCGGCAGCGCUCAUUGAUCGACCAUUAUGGGUUAUGAAUGUUGCACCAAUUGGGCAGCCAGAUACCUUGCCACUUAUUUUCAACAGAGGUUUGAUUGGGGCAUAUCAUGACUGGUGCGAAUCUUUCAACACCUACCCUCGUACCUAUGAUCUUCUCCACAUGAGUAAUCUCAUUGGAAGUCUUACAAAUAGGUGUGACCUCAUUGAAGUGGUGGUUGAAAUCGACAGAAUACUGAGACCUGGAAGAUGGUUUGUGUUGAAAGACACAUUAGAGAUGAUAAAAAAGAUGCGCCCAAUCCUGAAGUCUCUGCACUAUGAAACUGUCAUCGUGAAACAGCAAUUUCUUGUUGCUAGAAAGAGUUUCUGGCGGCCCGGCAAACCAUCUUCCACGUCAGGGUGACACAGAUCAUACUUUCAGGGGAGUCAUCAACAAUCAAUGAUUCUAUUGAUUCUUUGAAUUCUGAUCAAAUUAAUUCUUUCUGCAACACAGCCAAUGUAGAUUAUUACUUAUGUAAAAGCAUAAUAACAAGGAUGUUAUAAACUUAUAUAGCAGUAGUCACGUUCUGACAAAUGCAUACAAAGGGAUCUUUUUUUUAGAACAUGCAUACAAAGGUAUGAAACGUGUUUUGUAUACUUGCUCAUCCAUAACUUUUGUACACUGAACAAAAGGAUUUUGAAAUAACCUUGUACUCCUUCUCAUGGUUCUGUAAUGCCAGUACAUUCUGACAUUAGUAA